AUGACAAUGCUUUCUACAGCAUGGAAGGUUCUUUUAAUAAUAUUUACUGCAAUAACAUCAGUCUCUGGCAUUAGCUCUAACUCAUUUAUCAUGAUUGUUACUUAUCUGAAACAUAAAAGAUUCCUCAAGCUGAGCCCCAGGAAUCAAAUCCAGUUUACUAUGUGUCUGAACAACCUUCUGCUACAGUGCAGCACCGUCCUGUUUAUCCUUGUGAUGUUCCUUAUACCUGAUGUGCAAAGAGAGCUAAGGCAAGUUGCAUCUUUUGUUCUUUGUUUGUUUAUGGCAUUUGGUUCUUGGCUUGCAGCCUGGCUCUGUGCCUUUUACACAGUGAUUGUUGUCAGAUUCAGACACAAAGUCAUCACAAGUCUGAAGAUGAAGCUCCCUUCUCUGGUACCCAAGCUCCUGCUGGUCACAUUCCUGGGCUGCUUGUCUAUCACUGUCCCCUCAAUUUGGUACCUGAAUUCAGAAACUGCACAGAACAUGACUGGGAACCUGACCUACAGCAACAUCUCAGAUACUCAUGUAUUUCAUCAGAGUGAUUGGCAUUAUUUAGUUAUUUUUCACACACUUGGAACAAUCUUGCCUGUGGUCAUAAGCAUUAUUUCCUUAGUUCUUACAGUGACUUCUCUCUUAGGACAUAUCUGGAGAAUAAAACACAACGAUUCCAGCUGGAACCGCCCCCUGAAUGUGGCUCAUUACAAAGCCUGUAGGACUAUAUUUCUGUUUGUUGCUGUUUUUGUGAUAAUUGUUGUGGUUGGAAUAAUAUUUGUCUCUAAAAAUGGAAUACAAAAUUUUAUGUUAGUUUUGAAAGCUCAAAUUUAUCCCACAGAGUUAUCAUUUAUUCUAAUUUCAGGAAGCUCCAAAGUAAAAAGAGCUCUCUAUAGGGUUGUUCCAUGCACCAGCCAAUGA